GGCUCGGGAUCAAAAUGGCGGCGGCUCCGGCAGCGGCGGGGCCGGAGAGAGGAAACAGAAGGAGCCGCUGAGCGGGUCAGGCCGCGAAUGGAGCCCGCGGGCAGCAGCCGCUGUUGGAGGUGAGGAGCCACCGGGGGCAGUGCGCUUUCUCGUGUAUCCAUUGAUCUCCCUGUGCAGCUGGUCUUCACCACAGUGUAUCAGAGGCAUCAUUGUUGAACAUCUCUAUGGUUUGGCUGAGAUUUUCAGCCAGAUGGAUGAUUUCAUACCUGGAAAGCUGACUGCUGUACUAACUGGCUUGCCUCAGUCAAGUUCAGAUGUAAAGAUGUGGCCCUUAUGCUAAAAAUGGAGGAACAUAGUCUGCUGGAUCUGGGAUUGAAGGUUUAUAAUGGAUUAUGGGAUAAUACAUUGAAGAGCCAGCAGGCGGCAUGCCUGAGUGACUGAAGAAGAUGGGUGCUAAUGCAUCUAACUACCCUCAUUCGUGUUCCCCAAGGGUAGGGGGAAAUUCGCAGGCACAACAGACAUUCAUAGGAACAUCAUCCUACUCUCAUCAGGGUUAUGGCUGUGAAUCAAAACUGUAUAGCCUUGACCAUGGCCAUGAGAAACCUCAAGACAAGAAAAAGAAAAGCUCUGGCCUUGCCACCCUCAAAAAGAAAUUUAUUAAGCGUCGGAAAUCUAGCCGGUCUGCUGAUCAUGCCAAGCAGAUGCGAGAGCUCCUCUCAGGCUGGGAUGUUAGAGAUGUCAAUGCAUUAGUAGAGGAGUAUGAGGGAACUUCAGCCUUAAAGGAACUUUCUCUACAAGCAAGUUUGGCAAGACCAGAAGCCAGGACACUACAGAAAGACAUGGCUGAUUUGUAUGAGUACAAAUAUUGUACUGAUGUAGACUUAAUAUUUCAAGAAACUUGCUUCCCUGUGCAUCGUGCGAUAUUAGCAGCAAGGUGUCCAUUUUUUAAGACACUGCUUUCUUCCUCACCAGAAUAUGGAGCAGAGAUAAUAAUGGAUAUCAACACAGCUGGCAUAGACAUGCCUAUGUUUUCAGCUUUGUUACACUACCUUUAUACAGGAGAGUUUGGAAUGGAAGAUUCGAGAUUCCAAAAUGUUGAUAUUCUUGUGCAGCUUAGUGAAGAAUUUGGAACACCAAAUUCCUUAGAUGUUGAUAUGCGUGGGCUGUUUGAUUAUAUGUGUUACUAUGAUGUAGUUCUUAGUUUUUCAUCCAACUCUGAAAUGGUAGAAUCAUUUGGUGGAAGUCCAAACUGUUUAGAUGAAGAGCUCAGAGCUCACAAAGCUAUUAUUUCAUCACGGUCGCCAUUUUUUCGACACCUACUGCAAAGGAGGAUACGAACUGGUGAAGAAAUCACAGACCGAACGCUGCGGACUCCAACUAGAAUUAUACUGGAUGAAUCUAUCAUACCAAAAAAAUAUGCUAAGGUCAUUUUAAACUGUAUGUAUACAGAUGUGGUGGACCUCUCAGUUUUGCACUGCAGCCCCUCAGUGGGGAGUCUAAGCGAAGUCCAGGCUCUCGUAGCAGGAAAACUAAACAUGACUAGGGCUGAAGAAGCUAUGGAGCUUUAUCACAUAGCACUGUUUUUGGAGUUUAACAUGCUUGCACAAGGUUGUGAGGAUAUUAUUGCUGAGAGCAUCUCACUAGACACUUUAAUUGCCAUUCUCAAGUGGAGUUCUCAGCCAUACGGCUCCAAGUGGGUACACCGCCAAGCAUUGCAUUUCCUCUGUGAGGAGUUUACCCAGGUCAUGACUUCAGAUGUCUUUUAUGAACUGAGCAAGGACCACCUGCUGACUGCUAUCCAGUCUGACUAUUUACAGGCAAGUGAACAAGAUAUUCUUAAAUAUCUUGUUAAAUGGGGAGAACAUCAGUUGAUGAAAAGAAUAGCAGACAGAGAGCCCAAUUUACUGAGUGGUACUGCCCACAGUGUGAACAAACGCGGUGUAAAGAGGCGAGAUCUUGACAUUGAGGAGCUGAGAGAGAUCCUAUCUUCUCUUUUACCUGUUGUCCGCAUUGAGCACAUUUUACCUAUGAACAGUGAAAUACUGAGUGAUGCUAUGAAGAGAGGCCUCAUUAGCACCCCUCCUUCAGACAUGCUACCAACAGCAGAAGGUGGAAAGUCAAAUGCCUGGCUACGGCAAAAAAAUGCUGGGAUAUAUGUUAGGCCACGACUGUUCUCACCAUAUGUAGAAGAGGCAAAGUCGGUGCUAGAUGAGAUGAUGGUGGAACAAACAGACCUCGUUCGUUUGCGGAUGGUUAGAAUGUCCAACGUGCCCGACACCCUCUACAUGGUAAACAACGCAGUGCCACAGUGCUGUCAUAUGAUUAGCCACCAGCAAAUGAGCAGUAAUCAGUCCAGUCCUCCUUCAGUUGUCGCCAAUGAAAUCCCAGUUCCCCAUCUCCUUGUUGUUAAAGAGAUGGUCAAACGGCUCCAGGAGCUCCGUCAUACUGAGCAGGUUCAAAGAGCAUAUGCUCUUAAUUGUGGAGAAGGAGCCACUGUCAGUUAUGAGAUUCAGAUUCGUGUAUUGCGAGAGUUUGGACUUUCUGAUGCUGCAGCUGAGCUUUUGCAGAAUCCUCACAAGUUCUUUCCUGACGAGCGGUUUGGGGAUGAAAGCCCACUCUUAACUAUGAGACAGUCUGGACGAUGUCGAGUUAACAGCACUCCCACUGCAGAAACCAUGUUUACAGAACUUGACUCUUUUGUGGCCUUCCAUCCACCACUGCCCCCUCCUCCACCUCCUUACCAUCCACCAGCUACUCCUAUUCAUAGCCAGUUCAAAAUGGGCUGGAAACAAAGGGUGCCGAGUCAACAUCCCUCACGUUCCUUUUCUUAUCCAUGUAACCAUUCACUUUUCCACUCCAGGACAGCUCCUAAAGUUGCCCCACCUGUCUACGUACCCGGUGUCAAAGCAGCAGCACCCCCUGAUUGCACUAACACUACAGGACUGGGGAGACAAACAGUAGCUGCAGCAGCAGCAGUAAUGGCAGCUGAAAAGCAAGCAUGUACUCAGCCCAUGUUAAAUGAGUUGAUGCCAGAUAUUGCUAUGGGUGUGUCAACGAUGUCUCUAAAGGACAGAAGAUUGCCAGAGCUCACUGUUGACACAGAAUUAAGCCAGCCAGUGACAGAGGUUGGACCUGGACCACCCCAGCAUAUUUCAUGUAUUCAGACUAGGCACAUGCACAGUUCUCGAAAGAAACAUGCAAUAGAACAAAAAAUAGAUACUCGAGAAAAUCAACAGGAGUAUCCAGAUUUCUAUGAUUUCUCUAAUGCUGCAUGCAGACCUUCCACUCCAGCACCUAGCAGACAUACUCCUUCACCUUCCCAAGGCAUGUAUUUUGGUCCAGAUUUGUAUAGCCACAGUAAGGCAUCACCAAGUGGCUUAAAGUCAGCCUAUCUACCUAACCAAUUAUCUCCUAAAAAGCAAGAGGAUUCUAGGAGAGAAUAUGUGCUUUCCCAAGAUGGGCAUCAGCACAGACAAAAGAAUGAGCCAAUACACCUCGAUGUCUUAGAACAACCUCCCCAGCGGUUGGACUUGGCAUUGGCUGCCCAGGAAAAUGCUGGUAAUGGCCCAGUACACAUCAGGGGAAGAACAAAAAUGGAAACUGACUUAACAUAUGGGCUAACCUCUAACAGACCUUCACUCUCUACGUACAGCUCUGAGAUACAAGAAGAGCGAUCCAGCAGGAGACUGACAGAUGAGGAGCCUCUGGAACACGAAGCACAGAGAAAUACAGAUUUGGAAAGGGAAGAUGCAGUAAGCAGAGGAAGGAGGUCUCCAAGCAAACCAGACUUUCUGUAUAAAAAAUCUGCCCUCUGAAAGCAACCUCCACUAUUUCUCUGUGCCUGAGAGUUGUGAAACACCCCAUUCUUUGCAACUUUUGGCCUGACUUUUGUCAGACAAAUUCAUUAAUGCCAGCAGAAAACUCAAUUUUGCUCACUUUUUUGUAUAUACAUUGCUUUAUUAGAGACAGCAUGCUAUCAGUUUAUUUUGAAUGCUGCUUCUGGGUUUAUUUUUGUGGUUUGAAAAUAUUAAGCCUUUACAAAAAAUAGCUGGCACUUUUUUUUACAAAUUGGUAGCCUUUUGCACCUGUACAUUUAUUUUACCUGUAUUAGUUUUGUAUUAAUAUGUUAAACUUUCUUGUUACAUUUAAAGGACUGUAUUUUCAUACUUCUGCAUUUUACCUUUCACCUACCAAUUCUCCAUGUGCAUUGGGUUGCACACUAUGAAAUGUAUUUUCUUAUGAGAUAGUAACAAUGUGUUUAUUUUUUAAUUAUAUGAAUUCCAAAGAACAGCACAUCAAAAUACUUUUUUAGUAACAUUGUUUGUUUAGGUCUGAAAUCUGCCUGAUCUAUCACUACUGCAAAUCCAGUGUAAUACCAUUCUGUUUAACAUGUCAUGGCAGCUGGUCUCCAUUCAUUCUGAUUCAACAUGUCUACUCUAAAACAUAUGGCUGGGGCUUUCAAAAGAACCUAAAGGAUUUAAAUUUCCAGGUCCCAGUGAAAUUCAUUUGAAGUUGGGUGUCACUGCAUUAGGCUCCUUUGAAAAUCCCAGCCUACGUUUUCUGGUCCAUUUGUGAUUUUUGGAGAACUUCAUGGGCACUGAGAAGCAUUUAUCAGAUUCAGAUGAUUGAUUUGUGAAGAAAACCUAGAAAUACUGCAAAUUGAUCGUAACAUUACUGUGCUAGUCAGGAUACCCUUGAAUUGGGCUGUGUGGACGUCAGAGUUCAGAGGAUUCAUGCCAAAACCUAAAGCUCUAGGAAGAUCAGGCUUAGUAUCUGACGUUAUUGUCUAAAUUAUAACAUUGUCAAAUGAGAGGACUGCCUCUCUAGUGGAGGUGCUGAGGUGACUGCUCAUUGCCUUCUUUUGUCCUGCCUAUGAGAAAAACAAAGGGCUUUAGUCUACCUGAUGUCAUUCAGUGUUCCUUAACAUUUUAAUGUCUCUGAAUUUAUCAUUUCAGCUGUCCUCUCGUGAACUGAAGAGUAACUGCGUUAGCUUCAUUGGUUGCAGAUGGCUUAGCACUUUUUAAAAUUACCCCUCUAGCCCCUGGAGUAAAACAAUAAUUGUGGGGCAGGGGUGUCUGACUCUUCCACUAACAUAAAUACAAGGUAGAGAGGAGACACUGGUGGUUUGGGCACAUCCCUUGCCAUUGUGCUGAGGUUACACAGUAUAAGGGGUUUAGUGAUGGUCAUUGAAAAGUCAACACUUGCCAAUAGUUACCACACGCUUAUUUCCCAUUCUGAAUGUUGUGAAGACUCUGGUAUAUGAUACCACAGUGUAGUAACUUCUGGUAAAUGCCUUUGUUUGGGUUGGUCACUAUAAUGAAAGAUCUUGCAGCAGUUGAAGACCUCAAUCAGUGUGAGCUAAAGACUGUUUUAACCUUAAAAAUGCUUAAUGCUAUUUAAAUGUAAAUCUUUCAGUUUCCUUUAGUAUAAGUCAGUUUUCCUGGUCAAAAGAUAGGCGUCUCUUCUUGCCCAUCCCUUCCCCCACAAAAUCAAAAACAACCUCCUCACCCUCUCAUUAAUGUAUACAAGGCUUAGGCGCCAUAAGACCUUAUUGUGCAACUAUGUACUGAAUUUUUAAACUAGAAAGUGGUGUUUGGGUAAACUCUAUCAUGGGUUUGUGAUCUAGUAAAUUGUAAUCUCUCCUGCAGCACUUUCAUACCAUGUUAAGAUUCCUUUAAGGUACACUCAUGUUAGUCUAAUGAUAUUGGGUGGUGAAGGUUGACUAAAUCACAGUUGAUAAUUAGUCUUUUUCGUCUUAGGAGGCUUGGUUUGAAAUCGGGGUUGGGCCACAAGUACAAAAUGCAUGUGGUGAGUCCAACCUCAUCUCUAAUCUAUGUUGUGUUCAUAGAAUCGUAACACAGUGUGAAAGUUGUCCUCACCUCCAGAACUGUUAGGAUGGGUUAACACUGGUGUGUCACAGGCUAGGGACUGAGGUGUGUUGGCCUUCCUCUGUGAAGUUUGUCACAACAUUUUCUAACACUAAUUCCUAGCCAUAUGUACUGCCCCCCGUUGCCCAUGCUCACGAGCACUAAAAUCAAUGUAAUCCUCUCCCAAAAAGUAAAUGACUGCUUGCAUCAAAGGCUGUGUUCAAGUGUUAGUAACAUGAUCACUUUAAAUCCUAGCUUCCAGCAGAAGACUUACUAUUUGUAUAACUUUACCUACAACUUGGUAGAUCUGCUUACAGGAAACCUGUUUUAGCUAUUGAUGAUGUCGUUUGAUGUGGCACUGCAUGGUAAAUUGUGGCUCAAAUCUCUUAGAAAUAGCAUGAGUAGUUAUUUGAUGGAACUUGUGGAGGGGUGGCUGGUAAAGAAGGCUGAGCAGUUUCAUGAGUAUGUUUUGAAUGCACCCAUGAAAUGUUUUUGCAGUGGAAUAUGUUGGUGAGAAGCUUUUUAUGGAAAGUCGGUCUGCCCUUAGAAAACAGUUGCCACUUUCGAGGUCUCAGAAGCUGGCAUUUCACACCAUCAAGCAGCACUUAAGGAAAAACAACCAUGAAAAAGCGAGAAGUCCUAGACUGGCCAUAAGACAAUCAGGCCACUUAGACAAUCUGCACUUUCACUUACUCAUAUUGAUCUGGGAAAAAGAUAGAGAAUUGCUGCUGAUCUCAAAAUAUUUUCGGAGAAGGGUAACCUUGUGUCAUCUUUCGUCGGGGUUUUUCUUUUUUUAAAUUGUAGGAUUUAAUCUACAUUCUGAAUUGUUGGUAAAGUGUAAUUAUUGAAGCCAAAAGUUGCACGAUAACAGCAUUGUAGCAAUUGUUCUCUAAUCCCAGGGGUGCUUAAUAUUUUUUGUGUAUAUUAAACAUACAUCACUUCUCCUCCCCCUUCUUCCCCCCAAUUUAGAAAUCUCAUCAAUUAGUGAGAUGAUUGAUUUUUAUUUUUGGUCAAACCUCCAGGUAACAGUGAAGUGUCUCUUGCAGAUGUAUAAAAGGGGUGUUGUCUUGUUUGCAUUUCCUGUGUCCUCACUGGAGCCUCCUUGAGAAGAGAGCUCUUAGUUUGUUGUAAUGCUGACAGUUUUUCUUCUAGUUUUUAAGAAGUAUAGGCAAAGUAGGCCAAAUUAUGCCCUGGUUUAAGUUAAUACAACCCGUUCAGUGAAUGGAGUUGCCUCUGUUCAUCCCAAGGUUAAAUUUGGCCCCAGGCUUGUAUAACUGGAUGUGUGAAAUAUAAGGAACACAUGCAUCCGACUCUAUAGAAGUGUUAUGCUGAAACUAAUCUUCACUCCCCUCACCCCAAAAAACAGGUAACUUGCUGAGGUAGUGAGUUGUCUCAGCUACUUAAUGCAAAAGAUGUGUGUUACCAUAUCCUAUGCUAUACUUCAUCUCUUUUCAGUUCAUUGGCUGCAGCAGAAGCCCCUUGUUUACAUGACAGACUUUCACAUUAGAGUGGGAAUUCUAAGCUCUCCCUGUCCUUCCAUAUAGUUCUGAAUCGGAGAGAACGCGGCUUACCCAUUUAACAUUGUUUGAUGAAAGAGGCAUCAGCAGAUAUUUACUUCACAAAGCAUAGGAUGAUUUCCUGUUCUUGGUUUAUUUAAUGUUCAUUUACUUGAAAACAUCAGUACUCAAAAACAAAACAGAGAUUUCUUCCCUCCCCCUCAUUUGCUAACACUGUGUAUGGAUGAAUAACUUAAUUUCUGGAAAGGAUGCUUCUUUUAAAUUGUUUUGCUGUUUCUAUCUCUACUUCUGGAAGGUGGCCUUGCCUUCUGCAAUGUUAUAUUUUGUUUAUUGUCCUUGUGCUGUUGUUACUGGUAGUCAAGUGCCUUCAAUGCUAAAGGCUCAGAAAAAUUUCUUAAACUGACUUCAUGUCCUAUGCAAGUGUUUUUUCUACAACCUGCAUAACCAGUACUUUGUAAAACUUGUUUACGCUUCAAUUGUACAUAGUGUUUUUUUAAAAAAUAGUAUUUUAUUUAGGUACCUCCAAACUUGAAUUCUAGUCUUGUGUGAUGCAUUGUAAAACAAUACAUUUCUCUUUUGAGUACCAUUACAGUUGUAAAAAGGUUUUCACUGGUUCUAUUUUUCUACUGUUGCUGAGAAGCAUGUAACAUGACUUUAUCCUACAUAUAGUUGGCAUUUCAAAUAAAUGGCUUGUA